AUGGAAACUGAAACUGAGUUAACACUGAUCUUCCACCAUGGUGGAAAUUUCAUCAAGUUUGGAAGUGCCGACUUGCAGUACAUUCGAGGUCAAAUGUGUGUGUGGGAAGGACUUGAAGUUGAUUUCCUCAACAAAUUAGACUUAGAAGCCAUGGUGAAGAAGUGUGGGCGCUACUUUAACAUUAGCCAUAUAUGGUAUUUGCUCCCUAAGAUGACCAUGCUUGAUGGUUUAAGGGAAUUGGUUAAUGAUAAAGACUUUAUGGACAUGGUUAGUGUUGCUAAGGAUAACAACAAUGAGAUUGAGUUGUAUUUUGAACAUGGCAUCGAGGUACCUCUAAUCAUCACACCUGCAAGUGAAGCUGAGCCUGAGGUAGAGGGGCAAAAUGUGACUGAUGCUGAGCCUGUGCAAAAUGUGUCUGAGGUGGAGGUGGAAGUGCAAAAUGAGCCUGAUGUGGAGGUGCAAAAUGAGCCUGAGGUGGAGGUGCAAGUUUCUGAUGCUGAGACUGAGGUGGAUGGUGAUUAUGAUGCUGAGACUGAGGUGGAUAGUGUGGUGGAUGGUGAUUCGGAUGCUUACACUGAGGUGGAUGAUGAUUCUGAUGCUGAGAAUGCAGAUUUAGAUGCAGCAUUUGUAUGGCAUAAUGAUGAUGAUGGAGGUGAUGUUCAAGAGAAUAUCAUUCAUGAAAAUGUUAUUCAUUCAAGUAGUGAAGAAGAACAUAAUUCUUAUCAUUCAGAGGAGUUAAAAAGUCCCAUUAGCACUGAUGAUGAAUUUGAAGGCAAGGAGAGAGAGGUAUUUCCACAAUUUAAUGAAGCUGAAUUUGGUCAAGUCCAUCUAGAAAAAGGCAUGGAGUUUGAAACACUAACAACCUUUAAAAAGGCUGUUAGUGAUUAUUCUAUAGCAUUAGGUAGAGAAUUUAGGUGGGCAAAGAAUGACAAGGUAAGGGCAAGAGCAAAAUGCAAGAAUGAAGAGUGUCAUUGGGAAAUAUUUUGUUCAUGGAGUAAUGUGAAUAGGAGCUUUCAAAUUAAGACAUUUGAAACCGAACAUUCAUGUUGUAGGGUGUUCAAAAAUUCUAAAGCAAAUACAAAGUGGGUCGUGAGCAAAUUAGAGAAGAAAUUGAGAGUCCAACCAAAUAUCACUUACAUAGAGGUCUUUGAUUGGAUGAAGAGAGAAUUUGGUGUUCAUGUCAAUGAAACCAAAUUGUUUAGAGCAAUGAAAAAAGCUAGAGAGUUAGUUGAAGGGAGUUUGAAGGAACAAUAUGGGAGGAUAUGGGACUAUGCUCAUGAGUUGCGUAGGAGUAAUGAUGGUUCAACAGUGAAGAUUAAUUGCAUUCCUAUGCCUAAUGGUCCACCACAAUUCCAAAGAAUCUACAUAAGUUUGGAGGCAUGCAAGCGAGGGUUUAAGGCUGGUUGUAGACCCUUCAUUGGGCUUGAUGGGUGUUUCUUGAAGGGUUACUAUGGUGGCCAAUUACUUUCAGCUGUUGGCCAAGAUGCAAACAAUAACAUAUAUGUGGUUGCAUAUGCUAUAGUUGAUGUAGAGAACAAAGACAACUGGAAAUGGUUCCUCACACUACUCCAUGAAGACUUGGGGGACUAUAAGCAACAUGGAUGA